CACAUUGUCACGCACCUGAUGGCGUGUUUUUUAUUCUCUCAAAUUUGAAGCGACACUCACCCAAUGUGUUUCAACCUCUCACGGUUCCCCCCUCUAUAAAACCCACCGUCUCACUAAACCGCUUCUUGUUCCCGCCGGUUUUCCCUCUCCGUCACCGUCCAAUCGCCGCUGUUCCCUCCCGACCACGUCUCGGAAAAUGACGUGCUCGGCCCAAACGGCCUUCCCUACUCUCAGAACUGUCACCAUAUCGUACUCAGAGCUCAAGGACAAGAGCGCUGACUUGUCGAUGAAGAUCGAAGAAGGGUUCGGAGCCAAUGGGCUGGGAAUUCUAUCCAUUACUGAUGUUCCAGGAUUUCCUUCAUUGCGUCGGAAUCUUUUACGUCUUUCACCUAGAUUGGCCGGUCUGCCUGAAGAGGUGAAGAAGGAACUUGAAGAUCCUCAGAGUAGGUACAACUUUGGAUGGAGUCAUGGGAAAGAGAAGCUUGAAUCUGGGAAGCCUGAUUUGUUGAAAGGCUCUUUUUAUGCAAAUCCGUUAUUAGAUAAGCCUACCACGGAUGCAUCCAUGAUCCAACGGUAUCCAUCAUACUGUGGGUCAAAUAUAUGGCCUGAUAGUGCAUUGCCAGAACUUGAAGUGGCUUUCAAGGCUCUUGGAAAGCUGAUCUUUGAUGUCGGAUUGAUGGUGGCAUAUCACUGCGACCAAUAUGUAUCCAAAGGGCUGCAUAUGCUUGAGCAUCAAGGCAUUGAACAGAUACUUCUUCGUUCUCGGUGUCAUAAAGGGCGUCUGCUUUAUUAUUUUCCAGCACAACAGAGUAAUUGUACCCAAGAUGGAAACUCCACUUCAUCCUGGUGUGGGUGGCAUACAGACCAUGGUUCACUGACAGGUUUGACCUGUGGCAUGUUUAUCAGAGAUGCUGUAGAAAUGCCUUGCCCUGAUAGUGCUGCCGGCCUCUAUAUUAGGACACGAGCUGAUCAAGUUGUCAAAGUUGUCUUUGGAGAAGAUGAAAUAGCAUACCAAAUUGGUGAAACUACUGAAAUACUGUCAAGAAGUUAUCUUUGUGCAACACCUCAUUGUGUUCAGGCACCUAAAGGAGAGGAGGCUUCUGGUCUUGAACGUUCAACAUUUGCGUUCUUCAUGCAGCCAGACUGGGAUGAAAGCCUAAAUUUUCCCGAGGAGGUACAUAUUCAUAAAGAGCUGAUAUCAUCAAGUGGUGCUCUAACUUUUGGAGAGUAUACUGAGAAGCUCCUGGAUAAAUAUUACCACCUGAAAACGUAAGGGCUUGUAUAUUUUGCCUAAACAUUGUUGAUUCAUAAAUAAAUGUUCUCUCUUAUAAGGGAGAACUAUAAAACAAUUCAUCAUGUACGGAAUUAACUUAUUUAUUUGUAAAAAGUUCAUUUCCCUCUGCAGAAGCUCUGUAGUGGUUUUA